AUGUCAGGGAAAGCUCAUGGAGGUAAAGGUAAAUCCGGCGCUAAAGACAGCGGUUCGUUGAGAUCUCAGUCUUCUUCAGCAAGGGCAGGCUUGCAGUUUCCUGUCGGUAGGAUUAAGCGUUACCUGAAAAGGCAUGCUACUGGCCGAACAAGAGUAGGAUCCAAAGCUGCGAUUUAUUUGACUGCGGUGUUGGAAUAUUUGACUGCUGAGGUGCUGGAGUUGGCUGGUAAUGCAGCUAAGGAUCUUAAAGUCAAGAGGAUUACCCCGAGACAUCUGCAAUUGGCCAUUAGAGGUGACGAUGAAUUGGAUUCUUUGAUUAGGGCUACGAUUGCUUCAGGUGGUGUUUUGCCCCAUAUAAAUAAAGCUUUAUUAUUGAAAGUGGAAAAAAAGGGCAAUAAGAAAUGA